AUGGCGUACGUCGCGCAGAACUCCGGAGCAGAAGGAAGCGGUUUCGAGUAUCCACCCGUGCCCAACGCGUAUCCCGAUCCGUACUCGACUUUCGACACCAUCAACGCGAACAAUCUGCAUCACGUGCCGGCUCUAAAGGACCGCGCCGAGCCCGAGCCAUCUCACGACCAUUCUCAUGGAUACCAAACGAUGGCAUUUUCCAACCGAGCACCGCCGAAUCAGGUCUUCUAUCCAUAUCCUGGAUCUGAAGUCCCUCCGCUGAGAAGAAUUGCUCCAGCCCCUUCGCCCACGUCAUCUCUGGAAAAUGGAGUUCCUUCAUCUUCCGGAUCCAUGGAUCCUGCUGCCUCAUCUGCAGCCGGUACAAACAUCAGCUUCGUUUCAUACUCAACUAAGGACGGCUACAAGAAGAGGUCGCGCGGGACUACGGGAAGCAUUGUCUGCGAUAAAUGUGGUUACAAGUUUACAGUUGCUUCUUCCUUGUCUCGACACAACAAGACUUGCCGUGGCAAGAAACGAGUUAAUCAUUCAACCUCAACACAACGCAAGACCAUCAAGCCCAAGAAUGUCAGCAUGGCGUCAGUCCACAUCAUCGAUGCCUUGCCAAUUACCAAGCCCAGAGGUGCUUCUUCGGAAGAGCGAAGCCAGUUUGUGGAGUCCAAAGCCAACCUCCAUGCCAUGCCGUUCACCAGUACGGUAGUCGAUUAUGCGAAUUCUGACAAUGCAAGCUUGAUUCCGGUCCCAAAUACAACAGACCCUGAUUCCCAGAAGCCAUUUUUGAUUCAGUCUUAUGUUCCGCAAGGCCCGGACACGUCUGCGGAUCACAAAACUUUCUUCUGCGACAUCUGUCCCGGAACAUUCGCACGUCGAGACAUACUGCAAGUACACAAGGCCAGAAUCCAUGGCUUGACAGAGAUUCCUUAUAUGCCAGAAUCAGGAAACAUUGAUAGACCUCGGUAUCUUACUGGUGUGACCUUCAAUACAGCCAAUAAACACUCACGUCUAGCAUUCAAGACCUUCGAAGGCGGAGGACUAUCAAGCAGCCCGUGCCAGCCUUGCACCUUGGAUGGCCUAGAAUGUAUUGUCAACCCAUUCUCUUCGUCGAAGUGUUCUUACUGCAAUCACCGAGACAAUGGCAGACCUUGUGGUGCCGCUGGUGUCAAGUAUCUUCAACCUCGAAGGACUGCCGAUUAUCAGAACUCAUUCGUAGCAAACCAGCCAGACUUUCAGGCGGUAUACGAAGAACAACUGACAGCAAAGAUCACGGAUCGGGCAGUUGCCCCAAUGCAAGACAACAUUCUCUUGGAUCCCAACACUUUCCCAAACGCCACUUCAGACGGAUAUGCACCAGUGCCAUGCUGA